UCAGUUGUGUUAUUCCACGACCUAUCCCAAGAUGGCGUCCAUAAUGGAGGGUCCUCUGAGUAAGUGGACGAACGUGAUGAAGGGCUGGCAGUACCGCUGGUUUGUCUUAGACUACAACGCCGGCCUGCUAUCUUACUACACGUCAAAGGACAAAAUGAUGAGAGGAUCGCGGCGUGGGUGUGUCCGGCUAAGAGGGGCUGUGAUUGGUAUUGACGACGAGGACGACAGCACCUUUACUAUAACCGUCGAUCAGAAAACCUUUCAUUUCCAGGCCCGAGAUGCAGACGAGCGAGAGAAGUGGAUUCACGCCUUAGAAGAGACCAUCUUACGGCACACUUUGCAGAUACAGGGUGUGGAUUCUGGGUUUGUUCCAAGCGUUCAAGAUUUUGAUAAGAAGCUUGCCGAGUCUGACGCUUAUCUGCAGAUUUUAAUAGACCAGAUAAAGGUAUUUGAUGACAAAAUCCAAACCUGCAAGGAUGAUGAACAGAGGAAGAAAAUUGAAAAUCUCAAGGAUACAACAUGUAGCAUGGUAGAAUCCAUCAAACACUGCAUUGUGUUGCUUCAGAUUGCAAAGGACCAAACUAACGAGGACAAGCACGCGGAUGGACUCAUAAGCACCAUAAAUCCUGUGGAUUCUAUUUACCAGCCAAGUCCGUUGGAGCCUGCUGUGAUUUGCACCAUGCCAACACAAACCGUUCCUUUGCCAGAAUCCGUGCAGGUUGGUAAAGGAGAUCCACGCCCAUCUUCACUGGCUGUCGGGCCUGUAGGGACCACCCUUGGGAACCAUCAAACUCCCUCUCCCAACAGCACAGGGAGUGGUCAGUCUGUUCCCAGCAGCAGUCUGACGUCCCCCAGCCAUGUCAAUCUAUCUCCUAACACCGUCCCAGAUUUCUCCUACUCCAGCAGCGAGGAUGAAUUCUACGAUGCCGAUGAAUUUUACCAGAACACCACAUCGCCAAAGCGCUGCAUUGACUCAUCAGAGUCUGCGGCAGGCCUGUCACACAGCAGCACAGGGACUAGCCUGAAGAGACCGGACACUACGGAAUCCCUCAAUUCCUCAAUGUCCAAUGGGACCAACGACGCAGAUCAGUUUGACGACGACCGUGAUGAUGAGGGAGAGUCGGUGGAAGAGCACAAGAGUGUGAUCAUGCACCUCUUGUCACAGGUCCGCCUGGGCAUGGACCUGACCAAGGUUGUACUUCCCACAUUCAUCCUGGAGAGGAGAUCACUGCUGGAGAUGUACGCCGACUUCUUUGCACACCCUGACUUGUUUGUAAGUAUCGGUGACCACAAAGACCCCAAAGACAGGAUGAUUCAGGUGGUCCGAUGGUACUUGUCUGCAUUCCACGCUGGCAGGAAGGGGUCUGUUGCUAAGAAGCCUUAUAACCCAAUCCUAGGAGAGGUCUUCCAGUGUCACUGGGAUCUGCCGGGACAUGAAAGUGAUGAACCUGAGUUAGUUUCCGAAGGGCCAGUUCCAUGGGCUUCCAAAAAUAAUGUGACUUUUGUGUCCGAGCAGGUCUCGCACCAUCCGCCAAUUUCAGCCUUUUACGCCGAAUGUUACAACAAGAGGAUUCAGUUUAAUGCCCACAUCUGGACGAAAUCGAAAUUCUUGGGAAUGUCUAUUGGGGUGCAUAAUAUCGGGCAAGGUUGUGUAACUUGUUUGGACUACGAUGAACACUACAUUCUAACUUUCCCCAACGGCUAUGGCAGGUCUAUACUGACAGUACCGUGGGUGGAGUUGGGAGGAGAAUGCAACAUUAAUUGUUCCAAAACCGGCUACAGCGCAACCAUUACGUUCCAUACCAAACCUUUCUAUGGCGGCAAGAAGCACAGAAUCACAGCAGAAAUCUACUCUCCUAACGACAAGAAGUCUUUGUGUUCAGUGGAAGGAGAGUGGAACGGUGUAAUGUAUGCAAAAUAUGCAAACGGGGAGAAUGCAGUUUUUAUAGAUACCAAGAAAAUGCCUACUGUAAAGAAGAAGGUUCGGAAAUUGGAAGAUCAGAUGGAUUUUGAAUCUAGAAUGUUGUGGAAAGAUGUAACAUUAAACUUGAAGAUCAGAGACAUUGAUGCUGCUACAGAAGCAAAGCACAGCCUGGAAGAGAGGCAGCGAGCUGAGGCGAGAGAACGCAAAGAGAAAGAGCUACAAUGGGAGACCAGGCUGUUCCAUGAAGACGGGGAGUGCUGGGUGUAUGAUGAACCCUUGCUGAAACGCCAGCCUUCCCCCCGGCACUAAGUGACUUACAGAACAAUUGUAGCAGAACCUUUUCUUGGAAUUAAACAAGUAUCAUCUGAAGCCCGGAAAGAUCUUCUCAUAUUUCCAGAUGAUCCGCUUCUCCCUGUGGUGCUGAGAGCUUACACUGCAGCGGUUCCUUACUCAGGGAUACUGGACUUCUACGGAGUGACAGUUCAAGCAGGACGCAGUGACCUGACCGCAUCGUCUACAUAUUCCACCUUUGAUGUUCUGAAGGUCCUGUACUUCCCCUGUCCAAGUAUACAUGCUGUCUGCCUACAGUGGGGGGAGGAGCUGUUUCGUGAGCUGACCAAUGCAAUGGAAAAUGCAGAUGAUCAAUUUUCUUGGGGAGACAUGAGGCCCUUGGUGCAAUGUGUGGCAUCCCUAGGACCUAGUGACGUUAGUAUUGGGCUCUUCUUUCAGUGGUAACCCUAGGAUGUAGCAAAAAGGACUUUAUGCCUCCCUGUUGUCAUGGUCAGAGGUAUCCCUAGGACGAGUGGCAUCAGCGAGGAAUGAGGCCCGCUGUGCCGCCAGAAGCAUCUCUAGGAACUUGUGCACUAACGAGAGCUACAUUGGCGCAGCCCACACAAUGUCGCCUCCCCCAGUGUAGGCACCGGGUAUACCUUAAUGUAAAGAAUGAGCUCGGGUAACUAUGUAAAACGCAUUGUCUCCUCUAAUUACAGGACGUAAUUGCUAUUCUGUAUCACAAUAUCUUUUCAAUAUCUCUUGUAUAUACAAUAUGAAUCUGGCAUUUUAAUAGAUACAGAACAUUUAAUUCUGAAAAUUGUACCACUUUACUUUCGCUGCAUUCUACUCCCCCCAAUAAGACCUUCCACGUGUAAAACUGCCUCUCCCAUCAUUUAUAUAUAGUAUUUUUUUUCUCUCCCCAAAACUGGUCUUGCCUUUGUAUUUAUUUAUUUCAUAAUAAAAUGUUAGAGCAAAUUAUUUUAUUAGAUCUGCAUUUAUGAUUUGCAAUUAAACUCUAAUCUCCAGAAAA